CAACGGGACAAGGGGGGCGAUGCAGGAGUAGUAGCAGCAGCAGCAGCAGCAACAGCAACAGCAACAGCAGCAGCAGCAGCAGCAACAGCCACAAACCGCGGGCGUUCGAUGUUGAGAUGCGGGAAGGAGAGGUUGAGGCAGUUGCGUGACAUUGGGUUUGGCAUACAUGGAGCUUGCGUGGUCUUGCAUGGCAUUCUUUGUUUUCCCGGUAUUCCAGUCCAGCAUCGCAGCGGGAUGUGGGGGGGAGGAGGGGGGUUUCAACAUGAACCACCCAACCUCAUCUUUGCCGAACGGUGUGGAGGGGGUUGGAUGGAUGGGUGGAUGGAUGGGUAGAAUACGGAGCAUCCGUACCGGGGUGAGAAACAGAUUCGAAUCCGUGGACAAGGCAAUAGUGGAUGGGACGGCGCUCAAAGUGUGCAACGGGUUGUCGACCAUGAUUCGCCCAGCAGCGUGUUCUCGAUGGUUUGCAAGAUGACCGAUGAGGACGGGAUUUUGGAAGCGUGCUAAGGGCUGCCGAAUCAAUUCCUUAGCGACACUGCCAGGACGCGUUACUGAUAGCUGUGCAAGAUAACGGAUAUCCCCAG